CUUGGGGGAGGGGCUUGGGGACUGAGCCCCCAGAAGGCCUGGCCCAGCCCCGGAAGCCCCCGGUGCGCCGGGCCUGUUUCACGGAGGAGCAGGCUGAGGCCCAGACAGCUUGGGAGGAGGCGUCUGCGGGUCCCCCGGUACGCAGCACCCUGGGCGCCGGGGUCUGCCGCGCGAGCCCCCAGCCGUGGACAGGAGGAUGGGGGAAGGCAAGGCCCUGGCUUGGGGGGCCUCCAGGCCUCCAACCCACUCCCUGGGCCACCCCCGCCCCCGUGUCCAUGGCAACCGCAGGCUGUUACAUAACUCAAGGGGGAUACCCGCGCAGUGCACCCCCAUUGUCUAGGGCCUGGAGACAGGACCGACCCCGCGGCCCCCUGGCUUUGGCGCCGCGAGGGGCCCGGAUGGGGACAAGCUUGCAGUCCUCCAGUUUUAGGGACCAAGAAACUGAACCCUGGAGAGGAGCAGAGGCCACCCCAAGGACACCGAGCCAGCUUGAACUCAGGCCUCCGGGGCUUCCUGCCAAGGGGCGGUGACUUGGCUUCAGGGCGGCCGGGGGAAAGCCGCCGGCCAGCUGCGUGCUAUCUGCCCCAGCUGCGCCACGGCCGCCCAGGGGCACCCUCUAGCGGUCGACGCGAGAAGCAACUGCAACUCCCAGCAGACCCCGGGACGCGAGUGAGACGGCGCCGAUCGCCUGCCGCCUAGUGGUCAAUAGGAAGAACUACACCGCCCCAAGGGCACGGGCCCUCGCGCCGGUGGGGCGCAGGCGCGGAACUACAACUCCGGGGCCGCCGCGGCCAUGUUUCUCCGAGACACGAGGAACUACAUUUCCCAGAAGCCUUUGCCCCCCGGGGGCCACGGGGUCGCGGGCGGCCGCGACGGCGUGCGAGCGGCGGCUGGAGAUGGCUCUCUGGGCAGGAUCCCUGUUGGGCCCCGCGGCGGGCAGGUCGGCGGCGGCGCUGCUGGGGGGCAGGUGGCUCCGGCCCCGGCCCUGGCUGGGGCUCCCGGACGCGGGGGGCCUCCCUGCCCCGCAGCAGGCGCGGGGCAAGGCGCGCGGGAACGAGUACCAGCCCAGCAACAUCAAGCGCAAGCGCAAGCACGGCUGGGUCCGGCGCCUGAGCACGCCGGCUGGCAUCCAGGUCAUCCUUCGCCGCAUGCUCAAGGGCCGCAAGUCGCUGAGCCACUGAGGAGUGCGGCGCCGCCGGCGGGGACCCCCGCUCCCCUCGCCCCCGGGCCUCGCCUGGCGCUGCUUUUGCAGGAAGCUGGAAGAACAGGAACGAGACUCGGACACGGGCGCCCUCCGGAGCGUGGCGUGGGCCCGGGGGGGGGGGAGAAGAUCGGGUGGGAGUGCAAGUCAGACCUUGCCAAGUCCCCUUCCACGCUUUUUUGAAUUAAUGAAGGAUUUCGAACAUAUGCAGCAGACCGACAGGGAUAGUGCAGCGGGAACCCCCGUGUGCACCCCAGGACGCGGCUGUACUUGAAGCUGACCUCAGGCAUCAGGUUAUUUCUUCUGUAAAUAUUUCAGAAUAUUUGUUACCCCCCCCCAGACAGACAAGGGCUCUCUAAAGCAAAUCAAAAAACUUAUCACACCCAAAAGAAUUAUCAAUAAUUUUGAAAUAUUAAACGUCUCGUACAUGUUCAAAUUUC